CAAAAACACAGAGAGAGAGAAACAGAGAAAGAGAAAUAGAAAGAGAAACCCAGGCAGAGAAACACAGAGAUAGAGAGCGGGUGAAAAAAAGCAUCGAUUCUUCUCUUUUAUUUUUUAUAAAUUGUUAUUAUUAUUAUUUCAAUUUUUUUGAAAUCCAUCGGUAGUGGUUUCUACAGCGUUUUUUGCCCUAGAUCUUUCUUCACCCGUUCCAUUCCUCUCUGAGAAAUCUUCCAUUGAAAACCAUAAGAUUUACGUCAAUCAUUGAUCUUCCUUCUUGCGCUUCAGCCAGAAUUUUCUCUAUCAAUCUGCUUGAGGUCAUUAAAGGGUGUAUGUCGUGAUUUCUGUGUGUUCAACUGAUGGUAAAUGCGGAUCAAAAGGAGAUUACGGGGGUUUGAAAUCUGUGUCACAUUGACUUAGAUGAAGACAUCAAAAGGUUGGCAUAUAAGCAUGGGUGAUAUGCAAAUAAUGCCGGGGAGUCGCCACCGUCCUCCCAUGAGGAAACCAAUGUGGAUUAUUGUCCUGGUUUUAUUUGUAUGCGUCUUUCUAAUGUGUGCUUAUAUCUACCCACCACAUAGCAGUACAGCCUGUUUUUUCUCUUCUAGAGGGUGUAAGAGUAUUUCUGCUUGGCUUCCGCCUGUUCCGGCUAGAGUAUACACAGAUGAGGAGAUUGCAUCACGUGCUGUGAUUAGGGAUAUUUUGAGCUCACCGCCAAUUGUUUCAAAAAACCCAAAACUUGCCUUCAUGUUUUUGUCACCUGGUGACCUGCCAUUUGAAAGAUUGUGGGACAAGUUUUUCCAAGGUCAUGAAGGGAAGUUCUCUGUCUAUGUGCAUGCAUCCAAGACCAAACCAGUUCAUGAGAGCCGUUAUUUUGUUGAUCGGGAUAUACGCAGUGACCAGGUGGUGUGGGGGAAAAUUUCUAUGGUUGAUGCUGAGAGACGGCUAUUGGCAAAUGCCCUUCAAGACCCUGACAACAUGCACUUUGUUUUACUUUCUGAUAGCUGUGUACCACUGUAUAAUUUUGACUAUGUUUACAACUAUCUGAUGUAUUCAAAUAUCAGCUUUGUUGACUGCUUUAAGGAUCCUGGCCCUCAUGGCAAUGGCAGGUAUUCAGAUCACAUGUUACCCGAAGUCGAGGUGAAGGACUUCAGAAAGGGUGCACAGUGGUUUUCCAUGAAGAGGCAGCAUGCUAUCAUAGUUAUGGCUGAUAACCUGUAUUACUCAAAGUUUCGGGAUUACUGUCAGCCUGGUUUGGAGGGGAGGAAUUGCAUUGCAGACGAGCAUUACUUGCCAACCUUCUUCCAGAUUGUUGAUCCAGGGGGAAUUGCAAACUGGUCAGUAACUCAUGUUGACUGGUCUGAGAGAAAGUGGCAUCCAAAGUCAUAUAGGGAGCACGAUGUUACUUAUGAGCUCUUGAGAAAUAUUACGUCGAUUGAUGUUAGUAUCCACGUCACCAGUGAUGAGAAGAGAGAAGUGCAAAGUUGGCCUUGCUUAUGGAAUGGGGUUCAGAAACCAUGCUACCUAUUUGCUAGGAAAUUCACUCCUGAAACGUUGGACAAGUUGUUGCAUCUAUUUUCCAAUUAUUCAACGCCUUGAGGCAGCUAUAUUUUGAUCUAUUCUUUGGUCGGAGAAGUCGUUGCUUUCGCUUUCGGCCCCCUUCUUGGUUUCUCAUAGUCAGUCAUAUGGCAUGAGAGUUGUAAAUUACAGCAUUGUUGAAGGCUUUGAUCGCCCGUUAGCCACAGAUAUCGGUGUAACCAUAGCGAAACUGGCAUUGCAGUGUGGCCUAAUGUGGAAAGGAGGCUAACUAUUUAGUGUUACUUCCUUGGGAAGGGAUGGAUAUGGAUGUGGAUGACACCACUUUUUUCUUUCUUUUUCAUUUCUUUCCUUUCCUUUCCCUUCCAUUUUGGGCUAUCCAGAUUUUCUAAUUACAUGAAAAAUUUUGGGGGAAUCGUAUAAGCUCAUCAUGUCAUUGUUGAUCUUUGUAAAACUUGAUAAUUGUUUAGUUGGAAAUAUAACGAUACACGUUGCUGUCCGUUCUGAAA